CAUAUUUCAACAGUGCAGUUUAUGAAACAUCCCUCUUAAGUCAAGGCUGUCUUCAGCGAAACGAAUCAUGCGUUUUGUGGGAGUACAUUGAUUAAUUAAUGUAGACUGGAUUUUUUCCAACUAACUGGGUUAUUUUUGAUGUUAUUCCGUUGGAGGAAUAUUAAUUUCCAUUUUUGUCAACAUGGAUGAACCUCCAAAACCUCGCCCUCGUAGGUUGUCUAAACAUCAACUACUUGGUGAUGAGAGUCAAGCUGAGCAAGGCCUGGCAAAUCCAGCCGUGCAAAUGGAUGGUGAAAAAGCCUACCAGACGUUUAGUCAGACAGAAGGGGAGUCAUCGGCAGCUGAGAUUGAAGAGAUUGGACAAGCUAAGUCUCUUGUGAAUGACCUGAAGACUCGCCGCAGACAGCGACAGAAAGAGCUGUCUAAAUUAACAACCCCUAAAGAUGAUGUGAGUGGCGAGUUAAAAACGGUUAAAAUGAAGAGCAAGCAGAAAGUGGAGGAAACCACAAAGGAAGGACUAGCAGAAGCUUUAGCAGAAGCCAGGGAAGCUGCUGAGGUCAAAGAAGAAACAACCACGAUGCCAGUGGAAACUGAAGAUGGGACAGUUCCCAUGCCGACAGAAGCUGAAGAUGGCACAAUACCUAUGCCAGAUGAGACCACUGCUAGAACAGAAGAAGGUACUGUCGAGACUUCACGCACAGAGGAGGAACCGUCCAUACCUUCACUGCCAGUAGAAACACCUAAAGAGGAACCAGCAGAGAAACCUCCAGAAUCCCCACCGACCUCUCGUGGAUUGUCACUUCGUGCUAGGAUGCAGAGCAGAUUACAGAAAGCUAAGGAAAAAGCAGAAACGGAGCUACGUGAGGAAGCCCGUGAAGAGAGACGCCUGAAAGAUAAGCGUCAGUCGACCCUCACUAGGUUUGAUACAGAGAUGAGUGAAAUAGAUAUUGAAAGGCUGGCAGAAGAAAGACGAAAUAAAGUCAAACAACGCUGGUUGAAGAUGGGAAUGACUGUUGACAUGCAAGAUAGUGGUAUGCCAAGUAUAAAAAUGGCGCACGAUUUCUUUACACGUCACUGGGGUUCAGAGGAUGAAGAAGAACCAGCCAAACCUGAGGUGAAACCGGAGAAGAAACCCGAAGAAACAGCAGAGGAAGAGAAACCGGAGGGUGAGAAACCAGAAGGAGAGAAGCCAGAAGGAGAGGAAACCGAACCCAAAGAGCCUGAACCGGCUGAAGGUGAAGCUGAACAGGAAGAAGAAACAACAGAUGAUAAACAGCCGUUACUUGGGGAGAAAGACGAGGAUGAGUUGGGUUUUGGGAUGGUGGUGAUGAAAAAGCCUGAAUUCAUUGAUCCCAAACAGCAGGAAGAACUGCGGAAGAAGCUAUUGUUUUUGCCCUCUAGCAGACCAGUACCAGCCUCAGAAAAGAUCAUUGGAGAUGUAGAACCUCGGUAUCUGGAGGAAGAAGGGUUCUAUGUUGGAGUGCGUCCCCAGAUUCCAGCUCGAAACCAGAACAAGAUGGAACAGAGGCUGAUACGUCAACCAGAUAACAAGGGUCGGGUGUGGUUUGGUGAAGAUGGGAAAGUAGUAGCCCUUCCAGAUCCUUUGCGACCUUCACCUUCAAGGCCAGCGGUACCAGAUGAACCAGAUCCAGAUUUGGAAACAGUUUUCAAGAAGGCAGUGGUACAUGAAUAUGACCAACGAUACAUUGACGGUGGGAUAGACGGAGGUGGCCAGUACCAGCUUGAUGUGGACAUCAACUCUCUUGAAUUCAGCCAUCAUCACUUGUUCAGCAGAGAACAUGUUCUGGCUGGAAAACUGUUUGAUCUUUAUGAACAAUACUAUAUCAGGAGAAAGAAGAACAUGACAGAGUUUUUAAGAGAAAAGCUGCAAGCUUUGAAGGCAUCAAAACUCCAUUUAGAAGAACACAUCACCAACAAUAAGAGUGAAAUGAGUGCCAGUGAUCGUCAGAACUACGAGAAAAGACUUAAGGACUACAAAUAUGAAAUCAAACAGACACGCAUAAUGCGGGAUCGUGAAGAGGAUAUAGACCGUACACUAUUGAAGAACAAUAUCCACACGUGGAAAGAGCUAAAAACCCAGCGAGAAGAACAAGCAUACACGAACACAUCACUGAAACUGAACAUUACAAGUGAAGAGACCAACAAAGUGGAGGAUCAGGUCUGGUGGAAAAAUGAAAUUGAGGAGGAGCUAUGUGAAUUGAGGGAGGAAUUUGAAGAGGAAUUCAAACACAGAUUAGAAAUCUAUAACGAGCAGAUGGUAGCACUGGAGAAACAGAAGGAAGAAAAAGAAGAAGCAAAAAAGAAGCUGAAAAAAGCACGACGUGGCUCGCAGGGAUCAAAAUCAUCAAAGGCAUCAAAAGCAUCAAAAGCAUCAAAGUCAUCUAAUGACUUGAGUGAGGUGGAUAGAAAGGCAUUACAGGAUAUUAUUGAUGCUCCAGAUCUGCGAGACCCUGACCCCCCUGAACACUUUGAUGAGAACAAAGUUCGGGAAGAACUCAAGAAAAAAGCUCUAAAGAUUCGAAGGAGGCCAGGUGAACCCAUACUCCAGCUGCUUUUGACUAGCAGCGCAGUAGUGACUCCAACCAAUCAGUGUCCACGUGGUGAACAACAGAGAAGGGAUAACGUCUCGCACACAAAACUCUUUGUCACUGUGUUUUUCAACCACAAGCAAGUCUGCCAAACCACCUUGAAGCCUCUAUCACAAGACUUUACAGUGAACUUUGGUUACAUCUAUAACCUGAAGAUUGUCCAGUGGCCAGAAAGUAUUAAAUACGAGAUCCAUGAAAGUCAUGGUCUUGGCAGCACAUUACUGACGAGGCUUUACGCUGGUAUCCCGGAGCCAUCAAUCACGGCACAGAAUGUGCAACUCGAUGACUUUGAAUUUAGUUCUGAACACAUUGUGCAAUUCGGUCAUGAAGCAGUUGGUAGUGGAGUUCCAUUCAGUUUUAAAGCUGCCCAGAGUCCCAUUGUGAUCUUGAUGACGACAGGAACAUUACGCAGCAGCGUGUCGUGGGGUGUUGAUGACAAUGGUUUACCACUGAUACCACCCAUCUCCAACCCCACUCCAAGCAACAUCUACCAUGCUAUGAAGCUCAAUGACCCUGUGGCUGCUAUCGGGACGUCAGGAGUGAUGAACCUGGAACGCUUGGCUAAAUGGUUUGAGCAAGCUCGUCUUGAUCCAAAUGAUCCGGCCAAUGCUGACCUUGUGUACCUGCUUGGGACUAAAGGAGGAGAGAGUCAGCUUGGUCCUCGGGACUUCUUCCGACUUGAACAGUUGUUGGAGGAAUUCAAUAUGGCUACUGAUGAAGAGCUGAAUGAAAACAAACGGUUCCGCUUGAUUCAGAUGCGUGACCUGGAAGUCCCUGAAUUUCAAAACUACAAGUUUAUUCCACCGUUUGAGAAAGAAAUUGCCAGAGAUGCAUUUGUUGAAUAUGAUAAGAGACAAAGAGAAAAAAACAUGAUAAAAUCUGAUAAUAUUGAAGUUCGGCAUGCUGCAGCAAAAAGGAAUAUGCAGAAGGUCCGUGAGACGGUGAUGCAGUAUUUGAGACAAGAGGCACACCAGAAAGUGUUCCAAGAUGUCGUGAAGGAAGACACGCUGCCACCAUUUAUAGAUCUCAUAUCAGAAUUAUUAAACAUGGCUGAACCAAAGCGACCCCUAAAACCAGUGCGCAAGAAGCUUGAUCCUCGACCAAUCAUAAGAGGUCCCCAUGAUCCUCCUCCGUACAUCCUGGUCAAUGUGAUCCGAGCAUUUGACAUUCCUGUGCGCAAGUCCGGACUGAGUGAAGGUGCAGGCGGCCAGACAACAAGGAGAGAGACCAUACCAAAUAUUUUUGAUAAUACAUUAGUUCGGCCUUUUGUUGAGGCAAUAUUCCAGGAAACUAUCACCUCAACUAGUGUCAUUGAGGGACCCAAUCCCAGCUUCAAUGAGGAACUGCAACUUGUACUUGAAGCCCCGGCUAAUGACUACAGUUGUAAGUCUUUACAGAAGAUUACAGACAGCGUUUACUUGAAUCUGUUUGACGAGGUCAUUCAUAACGUUGGAGAGGAUGAUGGGGAAAGAAGAUCAACCGUUCAUCAACGGAUCGAACGGAAGUGGCUUGGAUCUCUGCGUAUUCCAUUUUCCACUAUUUACCUUAAUUCAAAGAUUGAUGGUAUUUUCCGUGUUAACAAACCUCCGAUUCUGCUUGGCUACACUACUAAAGAGUCAGCUACUGACACCUACCUGCAGCUGUUCAUUACCACUCAGCCACCACUGAAAAUACCAGAACCAGUAAAAUACAAGUUCCCAUCCAAUGAGAAAGAAAAGUUACUGGAGAGAGCGGAGAUUUGGCAGAUUGAAGUGGAGACGAAGUAUCCCAAACGUCAGUACAUGACGACUGUGGUGGAUAUGAACUGCAAGACCGUGUUUGUCUCACGCUAUCUGAAAUCACUGAAACCACCGGAGGAAAUUCUCGCUGGUGGUCCAGAGCUGGUUGCAUGGUAUGUUUCAUUGAUUCCAUUUGUCUCGGAUGCAUUUAUCUUCCCUGGUAUGAGUGACAUCUGGAGCACGUGUGAUCAAUUCAUUCAGUUGUUAGCCGGGGAUGAGGAGGAACAUGCAGUCUUGUUGGCCAACUACUUCAUGUCGAUGGGCAAAAUAACCUGGCUUGUUACAGGAACGGCCAUCCCUGAGGGCCCCACAUGCUAUGUUAUGACCAAAGAAAAUGAACAAGAGUAUACCAUCUGGAACGCUGGAACAGCCGAGAGUUUUAGUCAGAGGGAUAGUCGCUGUCCACUCCUAUCUAUUGGAUGUCUCAUCAGCCAUGAAAAUAUUUGGGCAAAUGUUCAUGAGGCUGACAAACCGGCAAAGUUGGACUUCGACCUGAGUAAAACGGCCAACUGGAAGCCAUUUUUUGGUAAAGGGUAUCCGUCUCCUGGACUCAGCUCCAUUCAGCCAGAAGCACUGAUAUAUGAACCAGUAGACGAAAGUUCUGUGUUGUUGUUGAAAGAGACGAUCGAACAGGCACUGAAAAACAAGAUAAUGGAUUGGCGAGCACGCUUUAUCACUCGCUGGAACAGACAUUGCACACAGAUCAUGAGAAAAAUCCUGCCAUCGCUGGAGGAGACUUGUGGCAAGUUUCCUAAUGCACAAUAUUUACAGGAGCUGGAGACCUCUUUCAGUCAGUACAAGGUAUCUGGCUUCCCACUGCAUAUGCCAUUCAGCAACCUGGAGAACAUCAUUGAAACACUGCGAGCCACUGGCGUACAUGCGCAAGACACGAGUGACAUUGAGUUUGCACUGGCUGUGUAUGUUAAAGCCUAUCCCAGCUCCAUUCUGUCGGUGUGGGUCUACGUUGCUUCACUCAUCAGGAUUAGAUAGCAACAUCCAGCUUGAUUUCAAUUCCAGGCUUCCGUCCAUACAGGGUGGAUUGUUAGACUAAGUAUUCUUGGCCAUAUAGCAAGUUAGGCCAGGUUAUGCUGACUAAGAUGCCAACGCUAUGGCUCUCGGACUGCAACCAAAUGUUAAUCUGGUAAAUCCACCCCUGUGUCCAAAAUAUAAAGAAUAUUAUUUAACGUUGAAUAUUUUUCAUUAUUACCUAUGUGGAUGAAAAUAUUUUUGUUUGAGUCAAAAGUGUUAUAUUCCAUGUGGACAUAAUUUUGUUUCAUGUUUUUUAAUAUCAUCAGUUCCUGUCGGUGCGAGCAUCAGUUUAAUAGUUGAAUAUGUACAUUGUGUGUAUUCCUUAUAAAGAGCUUAUUGAUUAUAGCUUUAUGGGACCAUUCAUAUUUAUCAUCAUUUUAACAAGUUUACAAAGAGAACUCAUUGCCACCCCUAGCCUCUUAAAAGCAUCAAAAUUGUUUGGUGCAUGAGAUAUUUAUAUUGUAAUUUUAUUUUUAUUCUUAAGCGUAUGCUGGCAUUAAUCCACUCUCCAUCCAGCAUGUGGUUUGUACAUUUGUGAAAAUUGUGAUAAUUGAUAAUGUUUGAUAAUGCCACCUAAAUAGUUCAACGUUUGCACAAUGGAGACAUUUUAAUCAUUAUUCCAUCCAUUCAUGUAAUAUUAUUGUUAUGUCCUGUGAAUUCCAAACAUAUUUUAACAAAUUGUCAUAUUAUAUCAAGACUCCGUCCAUACUAAAAGUAUUCUUUACAAUGGGCAUGCACUUUUUAUUUUCAUUUUCAUUUUCUUUUUAAUUUUUUGUGCCCAUAUCCAAUUAAACUUGUAGCUCCAUCAAGCCGUUAAAUUCUGUAUGGGAGCCAGACUAAUGUCAGAUGCAUCAAAUUUGAGCAUAAACCCCUUGCGUUUUAUAAGCAAUAAGAUUACAUUUGUUUUGUUUUAAUGUCACUUUUUAUGUUGUCUCUUAAGUUUUAUUAAUAUUUUUUUAAACAAAGCAAUUUUAUCCCAUCAUAGCAUACCAAUUGGUAGACAUUUUCAUCUUAUACCUAGCUUUGUAAAAGGGCCAUUCAAACAUCCUGUGAACUUUUAUUUUCCUACUGAGAUUAACCACCACAUAACACACUGAAAGUAAGCAUCUCUCAAAGUUCAAUAGCCACACACAACCCCUCUGUGAUUAAUUAUCUUUGAAUGUAAGAAUCUGUUUUAAAAAAAAAGGCAGCUAUGUCUGCUUAGGUUGUUGAGGUGUACAGCUGUAAACCUAACAAGUAGGUGGCAAUGAAGUCUGCAGUUGGCACCUAACAUUGCUGUCUGGCAAGUUUUGUUUAGCCUGUCACCUGAAUCUGAAUAUGUUACAAUCAUUAUUAUUGUAGCUACUUCAAUCAACCUGCUAUUAUAAGCACUUCUUAUAGAAUCCAAAUUCAGAAAAGGAUUUCUGAUGUCUUUCUUACAAAUAUUUUGCACCCCAUCACUUUAAGAUAAAAUCCACUUUCUUACAAAUAUAUUGCUCCUAUCAUGUAGAGGUAAAAUAUAUCUUCCAUAUUUUGUAUGGCCUUGGACUUUAUAUAGGAAGUUUAAUUUAAAAGUUUUAUCCGAAUAUUAUUGUUUUUAGUUACCAGUAGAUUUUAUCCAAAUUGUAUCAAGUGGCACCUUUAAAUUAAAUUUAUUUAUAAAAUGAAAUAUUUGUACAUAAUAUGUACAGAUUUGUCAUAAUGCCUUGUUACAUUUUAUAUAAUAAUUUAUUGAUUAAACAUAUCAUUAGU